GACCGAGGCCUACAAUCGCCAGCAGACCGAACGUGAGAACACGGUCGUGUACAAGCACCAGUUCGCCAGGGAGCCCCCUUGGAUGUUCUCCCGCGACGAGGUCUGCCUGCUGCUGCAGGUGGCCGAGCUCUGGAGCAGGGCCACCCGCGGGCCCCGUGGGAGCAGAGGCAUGGACCGACCGACCUUCUGCCGCAUGCUGCUCGACCUGGGCCUCGUGGACCAGGAGCGCGUGCCCUUCUUCUGGGCCGCCGCCCUCUUCGACUCGCAG